AUGUUAGAAGGAUUGAAUAACCUUCAUGUGAAAAAUAUCAUGCACAGGGAUAUCAAACCUCACAAUUACCUAGUUUCCCCUUCUCAAACUUAUGGAUUUACCAUCAAGCUCUGUGAUUUAGGUUUUGCAUCUACAGUAACAAAAUCGAAAAGCCAUUAUCUAUCAAAGAAAGGAACUGAUGCUUACUUCGCUCCUGAGGUAGAAAAGGGAUAAUCAAGAAUUCAGUCGGACAUCUUUUCUCUAGGACUAGUUUUACUUGAGCUAGAUAAUCUGAAUGUGCUAAAUGAUAAUUGGAUUGACUUGGAAACAAAGGCAGAAAUUUAUAAAGGAAAAGCAAUAGCUUCGAAAUAUUAGAUUGAUAGAAAGUCUAAUAUUUAUAAAAUAGCUGAGAUUUGCUUAAAACCAAAUUAUUUAGAAAGGAAAAGUAUAGGAGACCUACUUUAUGAGCUUAUUAAUCUUCAUGGAUAACCACUGAAAUUCAUACUCAGGUCUAUGAUAUUAAAAAUAAUAUAUUACAUUAAAUAUCUGUGA